AUGAAAGUUCAUCUCUUCUCAAACCUAAGUAGAGGCAUCGAAGACGAAAUAGGUUACGACAUUUAUGUCAACUUCCUGAAAAUUCAGAUUUUGUUUCUCCAUCGUAACAUCUAUAAUAUUCAUUUCUCCAUCGCCGUUACUAUAUUUUCGCCCGAAGGUCGUCUCUUUCAAGUCGACAAGGUCUUCAAGAGGCUAAAAAAAGAAUGCAGAUGUGGUUAUAAUGGAUACAUCAGGAAGGCUUCAGCCAAAAAUAUGAUGGAUGAAUUGAAAGAUGUGAAGAGAACAUUGAAUCCCACAGAAGUUUUGCUUGUUGUGGAUGCGAUGACAGGGCAAGAAGCUGCAGCCUCGGUGACAACUUUCAACCUUGAAAUUGGAAUUAUUGGUGCUAUUCUAACUAAGUUAGAUGGGGAUUCAAGAGGUGGAGCAGCUCUGAGUGUUAAAGAGGUGUCAGGAAAGCCAAUUAAGCUUGAUCUUGGGCAUGGGAGAUGUUCUCUCAUUUGUGGAGAAAGCAUAGAAGUUAUGAAACAAGAAGUUGCUGAAGAUUUGCAGAAGAAGAUCAUGAGUGCAAAAUUUGACUUCAAUGACUUCUUGAAGCAAACUCGUGUUGUUGCAAGGAUGGGUUCCAUGUCUCGUGUUCUUGGAAUGAUUCCUGGAAUGGGAAAGGUUACUCCUGCCCAAAUUCGAGAAGCAGAAAGAGCUUACAAAUAA